GAACAGAAAAACAAGCACUGGGAGAAGAGAAAUCAUUUCCAAAGAGCUUUAACUUCCUCUGAGAAAAGAAAAAAUGGUAUCUAAGCUCUGGAUAUCAGCUCUGUCAGGAGAUGAUGCCAGUGUUUGACUACUACUGGGCUGACUUCCACACCACAUGAAUGAAUGUGGAAUUAUCUUUUGCAGGCUUCCUUCUUGUCUCCAGAGAAGAAAAGAUGAUUGAUACUCUUGGACUUAUUUGCAUGAUUUGGUGGAUGACUCUAUUUCAUCCCGUGCAUGCUGAUACCUAUUGCAUGGAGUUAGAGACACAAGAAUCACCUAUUACAAACUUGGUAUUGAACUGGAGAAAAAUGGAACUGUCUUGGGAGAGCAGCAUGAAUUUCUCUGAGUACACUUGUGCUGUGGCCACAGAUAUGGCUCCUAUACAGAAACAGGUGGAGAGUGCACCAUGCCACUUUUCAAUGGAGGUAAACCUGCCCCUCCACAAUGGGGCAGUCUUUACCAUUGAAGUACCAAAUACAAACAUCUCAAAAAACUGCACAUUUAUCCCUGGAGGUAUGCCUGGGACAGCCAUUAAAAAUUUCUCCUGUGUGAUUUACAAUGUUUCCCUCAUGAACUGCACUUGGCAUGAGGGCAGGGAUGCUCCAGGUGAUACCCAAUACUUUCUCUACUGGCAGAACUCAAGAGAAGAAGAAGAGAAGGAAUGUGAGCUUUAUGUUAAAGAUGAAAAUGGGAGACACACGGGAUGUCAAUUCCAAAAUGUGACAAUAAAAGAUACAAUUACUUACUUCGUGGUGAAUGGGUCUAGCAAAGACUCCCUGAUCCAGUUCUAUGAUCAGUACAUCGAACUGUAUAAAAUUGAAAGACUCACUCCUCCAUUAAAUGUCACUGCCAGUUGUACUGCUGAUCCACAGGGUUGCAUAAUUGAAUGGCAAGAACCCCUUACAAGUCAUGUGGAAAAUAAAGGUUGUUUUCAAUAUGAAAUUAACAUACAAAAUAAGGAUGAGACCAAAGACGAGAAGAUGGAUCCUCCUGUAAGAGUAAGAAGCUACAGAUACGAAUUUCAAAAUUUCAAUGUUAAAAAGAUAUAUAUUCUGAAAAUCAGAGCACGUGGAAAAAACUGUCUUGUAAACUCAAACUGGGGAGAAUGGAGUGAACCCAUUGAGCUUAGUCAAAGGAAAGAAGACUUUUUUUUGGUUAUUUUUACUUUGAUAGCACUUGGAACAAUCUCUGUGACAUUGCUCCAAACCUUUCUUUGCAAAAGGUACUGCAGCUUCAAAAGAGUAUGUUCUCCCAUUCCACAGCCAAGAGACAAAUUUAACGUAUUAACUGAUGAAGAUACCCAGAAAGAAUAUGUAAAGCUACCCAAAAAAAGUUACACUGAAGACAUAAUUAUGGUUGAAGAGACUUAACUUUCCAAAAAGGAUUAACAAAGCACUUUUAUUCUUCAGCUAAAUGAAAAUCAUGCAUAUUCCUGACAAUUUAGGAAUAUUCAGUGUUCUUCACAGUCCACUCCAGAAAUGAACAACUUGUAAAACCCUUUUCCA